UUACUGUAGUACUUUUACAACUUGCCGAGCCUUCAGAUUAGCAAACAUAAAAACACAGUCGUUUGUUUCAACUUUUCCAAUAAUGAUUGAGCGAGUUCCCAUAGAUGUCCGUACUGGUUUUCGUAAAGAAAGCCGUACUGAAAGGCUUCGAGGAUCUACCGUGGACUUUGAGAUGCGUGACAACGACGACUCCCACCCAGUGAAACGGGGGUCCUCAGUUUGGAAGUCGGGGUCCAAAGGGAAAUUAGCCAACACCUACAGGUUAGGACCAAAGCAGAAGUUUCUUCCCCAUUUCAUUAAGAAGAAAUGUGACGAAUUGAUGAACAACUCAUUUGGUGAGAUUGCCUACGACCACGAUAAGUGCAAAGAUGUGGCUGAUAAAGUGGCGGCAGAUAUCCUAGCGUUUUGCACAGAGCAGGUGUUCGACCGGUACAGGUACGUGGUCAGAGUGGUUGUAGGCGACAAGAAGGACCAGACGGUGAAGAUUGCCAGUCGAACCCUAUGGGACGUCGAAAAGGACAACUUUCUGACUCUCAAAUGUGAGAACAGACACAUUUUCGCAGUUGGCAUGGUUUUUGCCAUUUCUUUCGAAUGAUUGGAGUCAGUGUAAAUACAAUAAUUUUCUUGGCCUGCGAAUAAAUGAACGAGACAUU